CCCAAUGAUUACAAUUUCAUCUGCCAUCAAAUCGAUUUGAGCACAGUCCAGACUGAGCCCAAAGUAAGCCCGCCUGACGUUCUACACCGUGGGGCCGUGACGAGCUUACUGAGCAACAAGCCGUUGAUUAUUUUUUUGUCCGCCGCAUCGGCAGCUUCAGCAGCAGCAACAGCAACAAUCUGGUUCUCACCUACAGCUGUGACGGCAAGUUUCCCGACUGUUUCGACCUCCACCGAAAUAUCAAAUAUGUCCCGAGCCUUUUGUCACCAGCUUCGGUACAUUUUGGCUACGCUGUCAAAUGAGAGAUAGCCCAUGCACAAUGCCGGAAGAACAAGACGUCGUUUCUUCGUCUCGGAAUGACCAACGCCGCUGAUCUGACAUCGACGGGUUCACCACGAGCCGGCGCCGCUUGUUCCUUACAAGAAAUCAUAUUCCUAAGCUACUCAAUAAUUGAGCGUUUCAAGAAGACGAACCACAACGGAACGAGUUUGAGGUCUUCACGCGGAUUCCUACACCGCUCACACCUGGUGAGUCAAAACUUGGGUACGAAAACCAAGGAAGGGCCUCCAGCACAACGGAAGCCCCCGCCAAGAUCGUUGCUGCUCUUAUCUCUUGGAUUAUGUACCGCGCCCAGGGAUGAUACCGGCUUAGGAUGAUUUAGGCGAAGGUGAUUAUUACCGUCGUUGGAAUCAUCAGCAAGUCGAGCGCGUCUGGAUGGCCGUAUCUGAGUAGUCAAACAAGGCCGAAGAGUUCGAUGAGGCCAACACGUUGACGGCGCACAUAAGACUACAACCUCUCGCGUUUUUCCAUUUCCCAUGGAGCUACCGCUUUUUUUUUGCGUUCGUUUUUUUUUUUUUUGCGGUGAACAUGAAUGGUGGUCGAGUAGAUUAUGUUGUGCGGGGUCGAGAACCCUCACUCUGCACAGAGGAGAUGAUCGCACCACGUUGUGCUAAAUUGGUCAAGCACCCUCGAGGCAGUCACGCAGUGCGACAACUGUCUCUGGAAGUGAAAGCACCAGAAAUCAAAUUAAGUCAUACGCAGCUGUCAUCCGUAUACAAGGAAGUAAGCACAAGAUGCGGAACACCCUUAGCAGGAUGCAGCGCACCCUUCAUGGGACUCGCCGAAUAUCCCACGGCGCUUCGCGCUUGGUGAUGUGAGAGCUUGGUCCGGUGAGAACCCGGCGUGCUCCGUCCCGGCUUUGUAGGGAUGCGAGGUCAAAGGUCUAACGACUACGGCAUGCACGACGAUGAGUACACCCAUGCUGCCCCUUCACGGGGUCCCAGUUCAUGGCAGAUAAAGUGUUUUGUGUUUUCAACCGCACUGAGACUGACGUCUUUUCAUCGGUCAGCCGGUCAGCGCGGUCGAUGCUAAUAAUAAAGAAACACACACACUUUUGAUGCAUCUUGCGAGCAAAGGUCGAUCUUCACCAUCACCAUCAGACACGUGGUAGCAGGCGCCCGGAAAAGUCGGAAGCCGAAAGCACAAGAAGCGAUAAGGAUGCCGAUGUAUAGCGCUUAUUUAUGUAGACGUCGGACAUAAGCCAAUCAAAGUCUCAAACACACCUGUUGCAGCAAUGUUUUUCUGGGGUUAUGCGUGUUAAGAUGUAGUCUACAGCAUAUGCGCCCUCUUACAAGUCAGCGCUGACUUGUAGCAGCGUGGAUGUAUGUGCUGUAUAUUUUAACAAAAGUACCACCGGGGUUCGAAUCCUUCGUGGACCACUUGUGACGCCUUUUUUUCGGAAAAGUCUGGGAUACGCCUGAGAGACAGUAUACAUUCCUGUCGUCCAAGUGAAGACACAUAUUCCCGCCUGUAAGUCGAUGAACCGCAUGGGGCAGCGCUGAUUACAAGGAUUAGACUACAACCCUGGGGUUUACCGAGGUCG